AUGGGUUCAAGUGCAUUCGAAAUUUUCUACAGAGCCCCAGCAGAUCCUAUUGUGGCCCAGUAUAUGCCAUUACUAUCUUCCCAGUGGCCUGUAACAAUCAUUUUGCUAUGCUAUUUACUAUUUGUUCUUAAACUAGGAAAAAUAUUUAUGGAGCACCGUAAGCCGUACGAUUUAAAAAAUGUGAUUCUCGUCUAUAAUGUCUGCCAAAUGAUCUACAAUGCAUUUAUGUUUGGUGUUGGUUUUUACUAUAUCAUCCUUCAUCCGGCGUACGACCUACGAUGCAUGCAACCCGGUGCGGAAGACCAUCCGGAUAAGAGUGUAGAGCGCUGGAUAACAUGUAGCUACUUCCUGAAUAAGGUGCUAGAUCUGUUGGAUACCGUGUUCUUUGUGCUGCGAAAGAGCUACAAGCAGAUAACUGUACUCCACGUUUACCAUCAUGUCCUGAUGGUCUUCGGAGUAUAUUGGUGGGUGCGGCUGUGUGGAGUUGGUGGACAAUACAUGAUGACGGGAUUCUUUAACUCCUUUGUGCACACCGUCAUGUAUUUCUACUAUUUUAUUUCGGCAAUGUAUCCGGAGCUUAAGAGCAGCCUCUGGUGGAAGAAGUACAUCACGAGGAUACAAAUAGGUCAAUUUAUUCUCUUGUUCAUGCAAGCUGCAUUAGUGCUAUUAUUUAAUCCUACUUGCGAAUUUCCAAUGUCCAUGCAAUAUCUACAGCUCUUCCAGUCUUCACUAAUGACUGCCAUGUUUGGCAAUUUUUAUUAUCAUGCUUACGUUAAGCCCAAAAACCAGAAACAACAAUAA